UUAAGCGUGCAUCUUGCCACUAAAGUGUUUGAUAAACGGCGGGCAUGCGUAACGUUUCUGAAACUGAUGAAUUGAUAUCAGAACUUGCGCAUAACUUUGGGCCAGCUGAGGAAAGGGUGGGAGAGCUGUCAGGAGAAGGGUUCAGAGAACGGAACAUGCGCACUCAUUCUUCUAAAACCUUGACUCCGUACAGCGAAUAUGCGCAGGAAUAAUGUUUCGGGAGGGAUUAAUUGGUAAAAGUGAGCAUGCGUGACUGGAAAGCCGUUAUUCUGGGGGUAGUGGCCUAUGGCUUAGCUCGCCUCCGAGCCAUCGGUGAGUUAUGGGCCUAAGUCAGGACGGCCAGGCCCUUUCUCGUUCGCCGGACCCGUGGCCUUCGCCGCGGUGGCCUCGCUGGGAGUUCCAGGGGCCUCCCAGGUCCCCGCCCCCCCACUCCGGGCCUCACGGCUGUUGCCUUUCUCUGGUCUUGAACUCUUCGGUAGUGAAACGAAGUCCCUGCGACCCUUCCCCUCGGAGACGGAGACGAGUGCAAAGAAACCUGAUUGCUGUUGUUUUUCAGGACUGUAUUGACGUAGCCUGGGAUAGUAAGCCUGGGAGCUGGAAGGGACCUCAGAGAUCGGCGGCGGCAGGGCCAGCCUUCUGAUUUCACCGGUGAGGAAACCGAGCCCCAGGCAAGGCUUGUCCAGGCCCCCGGGCAGUAAGAGCCGAGACUGGAAGGCUCCAGACUCCAAAUCCAGCGAUCUCGUUGAUGGGAUUUUCUUCCUCCGGGAAAAGGCUUGGUUGCCAUGUCAAUAGUCACAGUUCAACUUGGUCAGUGUGGCAAUCAGAUUGGUUAUGAAGUAUUUGAUACCAUAUGUAGAGACUUACAUAAUACCCAGGGAUUCUGCUGUAAGAGGGAGAAUGAGGUAUAUCAGGCAUCUUGCAAAGAACAUUUCUUUAAUGAGGAAAAAAGUGGAGUUCCGAUUGCCCGAGCAUUGCUUAUUGACAUGGAGCCCAAAGUGAUCAGUCAAACACUAUUAAAGGCUGCCCAUUCUGGUAGAUGGAAGUAUGGUCAACACUCACAUUUCUGUCAAAAACAAGGUUCUGGAAAUAAUUGGGCAUAUGGUUAUAGUGUUCAUGGGCCCAAGCAUGAAGAAUCUAUCAUGAAUCUAAUUCAGAAGGAAGUAGAGAAGUAUGAUUCUUUAAGAGGAUUUUCUACUAUAAUGAGUAUGGCAGGAGGUACAGGAUCUGGUUUGGGAGCCUUCCUCACACAGAACUUAAGAGAUGCUUAUCCAAAUUCUUUUAUAAUAAAUCAGAUUAUAUGGCCCUAUGGAACUGGUGAGGUUAUUGUACAGAACUACAACUCAGUUUUGACUCUUUCUCAUCUGUAUCGAUCUUCAGAUGCACUUCUUGUUCAUGAAAAUGAUGUGGUGCAUAAGAUAUGUGCUAAACUGAUGAAUAUCAAACAGAUCUCCUUCAGAGAUGUGAAUCAGGUUAUUGCCCAUCAGUUGGGAAGUGUAUUCCAACCUACUUACUCUCCAGAAGACUCCUGUCAGUAUCGAAGAAACCCAUUAGGAGACCUGAUGGCAAGCUUAGUUCCGCACCCUGAAUUCAAAAUGCUGGGUCUCCGUAACAUUCCUCAAAUGUCUGAAAACUCGUUGGCGUACACCACCUUUGCUUGGACUGGAUUGCUCAAGCAUUUAAGACAGAUGCUCAUUUCUAAUGCUAAAAUGGAAGAAGGGGGUUUUAAAGAUCCAGCCUUAUAUACCUCAUGGCUCCAGCCUAGUGAUGCCUUCAGUGAAUGGAGAACACACCGAGCCUUUAACAAAUAUGAGAAAUUGGCUGCUUUGGUUAGCAAUAGUCAAUUUUUACUAAAACCACUUGAUACCAUCAUAGGCAAAGCCUGGAACAUGUUUGCUUCAAAAGCCUAUGUUCACCAGUAUACAAAAUUUGGAAUUGAAGAGGAGGACUUUUUAGACAGCUUCACAGUAUUGGAACAGGUUGUUGCCAGUUACUGUAAUCUUUGAUCUCAAAAUAAAUGGGUUUUCAGUGGAAGAAAGUAUCUCUGAAGACUUCUGGAUUGAAAUACUUAUAAACCAUGUUCUCUAUCACGUUUCAAAAUCCUAUUUUGCUAAAGAAUCAAAUUAGAAUUCAGAUUGUAUUCUGUAAAUAGGGGAAAGUAAGAACCUUUUUACCAAAGAAAAACUUUUUUUUCCAAUGAAAACAUCUCCUUUUUGAUGAAUUACAUUACUUUAAAAGGAAAAUUGAUGCUUUUAUAAAAUACUUUGGUGAAGAAUUGUCACAGUGGGUGCCGUUAUAAAUAGUAUUUUGAUUCUAAAAAUUACUAGGAAAAAGUAUAUUCUAUCUUUGUUGACAAUUAAAGUAAUCUCUUUCAACUAC